GAAAACGACUUUUUUCCCUUCAUAAUGUUUAUAGACAUUUUGCAAAAAUGAUUUCACAGUUAAAAAAAAAAGAGCGUAUAAAAAUUCUUCAGUGAUACCCUAAAGAUACUUGCCAGCAAUACAUCAAAAAUCUGGAAUAAACGGCGACUCUCACUUUUAAAAUGGUGAAGUUUUCAUCAAAGACACUCAGAAUCAUCAAGACGUGCAAUCUGUAUGCCAGUUGUAUCUCCGGGGGUAUCGCCUUUGCGGUGGUAGGACCAUGUUUGCUGGAUUUACAAGAAAUUGUCCAUACUGACACUGAACACAUAGGUGUUAUCUACACAGGCAGAUCAGCCGGAUAUUUGGUUGGCUCUCUUAUUGGCGGUGCAUUAUUUGACUUAAUUAAAAAGAAACAGCUAUUCAUGACCGUCUUCAACUUUUUCAUAGCCAUCACCAUGUUUGCUAUUCCUUGGUCUCGAAGCGUAGGAUCGCUUUCAGGGUGUUUGGUUUUAAACGGAUUUUCCAUUGGUGCUUUAGAAACGAGUUUAAGCGUCAGCUGUCUAAAUCUUUGGGGUCAAGAGAGUGGACCGUUUUACCAAGCUCUUCACUUCAUGUAUGGUUUUGGGAGUCUUCUGGCUCCACUUAUAGUGGCACCUUUCCUCGGAGAUUACCACCAUGAGCUUUUCAUCAAUGGUACAUCAACAUUUCUGAACCAUACAUCAAUGGAUUUGAGCUUCAAUAACACAAACAAUUCCUCCAGUUCUGAAAUACCCUCCCUAACAUAUGCUUACAUAAUAAUGGGUGGUUUUACGCUUCUGGUUUCCGUUUCUUUUCUUGUUGUAGGCAUCAUCGCACCAUCAGACGACGACAUUAACAAAAGUGAAAAGACCGAAAUCAGACAACCGGGAUUUGUAUUCCUUACUAUCGUUGUAAUAUUCACUUUUCUUCUUCUCUUUGUAAUAUGCGGAACAGAAAUCAGCUACGCACAGAUGGUUGCAACUACUUCUGUGAAAGGUCCUUUACAGCUUACGCCAGUCGUUGGUUCAUAUGUAACUUCAGCAUUUUGGGCUGCCUUUGCUUUUUCAAGAUUCUCUUCCAUAUUUCUUGCCAUUAAGUUCAGCAGUUUGCAGCUUAUGGUAUUCGAUUUUAUUAUAUUCUUUGCGGGAGCGAUGGUUUCAUUGUUUUUAGCUACAUCAAAAGAAUGGGCACUUUGGCUUUCUUCAGUUCUUAUAGGAUUUGGCGUAGCAUCUCUGUAUGCAUCAGUUGUGAACUGGGUUGAGCGAUAUAUCACCAUUACCAACAAAAUUCUUGGACUGUUUGUAACAGGCGCAGCGCUUGGCGAGAUGGCGAUUCCAUACACGAUUGGCUAUUUCCUAGAAAAAGUUCCGGAGAUUCUUAGUUAUACGGUAACAGCAAUGUGCAUUCUCUCAAUAGUUUUGACAGUAAUAUUAUAUUUAAUACUGAGAAAUAAGCAAGAUAAAUAUAUUGAAAAAGAAGGAAUAUCUAAUGUUGCUUAUGAUGCAAAUGUGACAGGUUAGGUGAUGCUUUUGGAUUCGUUUUGAUCCCAAGUUUCUGAAGUAUAUAGAAAAAAAAAGAAGCCAAUUUUUAUUGAAAAAUACCAUGUAAGCUAUUAAAGAUUUAUUUAAGCUCUCAUAAAUUGGAACAAGAUAAAUAAAAAAGGUAUUUUUAAAGAAUAUUAUAGACAUCAAAUGUUGGCUCAAACAGAACAAAAACCAAGGCUGCUUCUUACGCAAUUCUGAUAUAAUUUAAAAUUUGGUUCAAACAUUUUGUGCUGAUAUGAAUUUAAAAAUGAAAAUGUGCUUUAAUAGAAAACAAAGAAAUUAGUGGUAAACUAAAAUAUCAAACAUGGAUUAAAAGAUUUUGGGUUUAUAUGAAUUUAAAAAUGAAAAUAUAUUUUUGUUUUAAUAGAACACAAAGAAAGUGGUGGUAAAGUUUGGAAAACCAAUUUCUUUAAUUGGACCGAUAAGACAACAUUAAUCAGCAAUGUUUUCCUGUUUUAAAGUGUAUUUGUUAUAAAACUUAUCCCCUUUUUAGAGACAAAUAAAAAAAUAAAAAUUCUACUGUUUUUGCCAUUUUAAAAUUAUUUCUCUAUCAAUGUUCAUUAAAAAUGCUUAAGUGAUUGAAAUAAGAAAAUCAUUAUUUCUGCUGUUUCAAAAUUUCAUUUUUGAAAUAAACAAUCUUGGAACAAUAUAUAAUUUUUUCUUAAGAUAUUCAACA